UGAUUUGACUAUUUAAUUAAUUUUCACAACGAAACCUUGGUUUGUCCGACAUAAUUUAGUUAUUCAUUGUUAAUAUCUGGAUACAAAAAUCUUAAAAUCGCUUGGGAAUUUCAGGAGUUAUGGGCAUUAUAUUGAUUAAGUAAGAGCAAGCGCGGACUAUACAUAGGUUGUUGGCAACCGACAUAUGCUGCGUUCUCGAUUUUGAUUGCUGAAUACGAUACGAUAGUCAUUUCGAAUAUAACCUAACUUUCGAAUAUUUUCUUGUUUUGUUUUGUUUAUCGCUUUUAACAAAAAAAAAUCCUGUUUAAGUCAUUUUUGUUAACGCACGAUUACCAGAGGCCCUUCCUAAAUAAUACGGAGCCCUAUGGCCUGCCUUUAAAUAAUGGAUCUAACCGAAAACCUCAGUUCAGUGAAUAUUUCUAAAGAAACCCCAUUAAGCACAAAAAUAUUCGCCGCUAAUAUCGAUAAUACUCACACCGAAUUCGUUAUUAGUUACUUCACGAAUAAAAUUAAUUAUAUCAUAACGCAAUUUGGUAAAAUCGGUAAUCUUUACUCAGUGGAAACUGAACAAGUGCAAAACGGAGUGAUAGCUGAGGAUCCGGUUUACAAUAUCCGGUCAUUACUAGGGGCUGAUAGCAUUGAAGUUGAGGCUGCGGUCAGAUAUAUUGCUGAGCAGUUAGAUAUUAAGAAACCCCUAGUUAUUUCUUUAACUUUAAAGAGUUACAGAGUGGCCCAUAUAAAACUUAUUGUUAAGGCGAUUCAGCACUAUAAGGCAUAAUUAAGUUUAUUAUGGCUCUAGUAAAAAACACUAAGGUGGCCCAGAGCUACUUUGGGCAAGUAGUUAUAGGCCCACCGGGAAGUGGGAAAACUACUUACUGUGGCAAAGUUUAUACUUUUUACAAGGAAAAACUGAGUAGGCAAGUGGAAGUUAUCAAUUUAGAUCCGGCCAAUGAAAAUAUGAACUAUAGUCCUAAAAUUGAUGUCAUGCAGCUUAUUACAGUGGAAGAUGUCAUGGAGUCUUAUAAAUUAGGUCCAAAUGGGGCACUAAUGUACUGCAUGGAAUACUUGGAGGAAAACUUUGACUGGCUGUUAAGCCAGCUAGUGCAAAUAAAAGAUAGUUAUCUGAUAUUCGAUAUGCCCGGUCAGGUGGAGCUGUAUACCCAUCAUUCUUCCAUAAAAAAUAUUUUUGCCAAACUGGAAAAGCUCAGCUAUCAUCUUUGUGCUGUACACUUGGUGGAUUCUCAUUACUGUUCAGACCCUACUAAGUUUAUAUCAACCCUACUUCUGUCUUUGUCUACCAUGAUGCAAAUUGCUUUGCCUCAUGUUAAUGUUUUAAGUAAGGCGGAUUUACUAAAAAGAAACUCAUCUAAGCUGGAGUUUGGUUUAGAUUUUUACACAGAUGUGCUGGAUCUGGAGCGUCUUCUAGAACUACUGGACGAUGGCCAGUUUACCCGGAAGUACAAGAAACUUAAUAGGGCCAUUGUGGGUUUGAUUGAAGAUUACAGUUUGGUGGCUUUUAUUCCGUUGAACGUCGGUUCGGAUAAAAGUAUGUUGGAGUUAAAAGGUGCCAUUGAUAAAGCAAACGGUUACAUUUACGGAAGCGGGGAAGAAAGGAGCAUCCAGGCAUUACUAUCGUGUGCAGUUGGGGCCAGAACCUCAACCGAAAGAUUCGAUAUGGACUACAUGUAACUUAUGGUAAUAACCAGGAAUAUUUUUCAUAAUUAAAACAGGAUUUUAUUAAAA